AUGAACCCUCCCUUGCCAAGCACGCUUUACUUUGCCUAUGGAUCCAACCUGUGGUUGGAACAGAUGGCGCUCCGGUGCCCGAAUAGCCCGUACGUCGGCAUGGCAGUGCUCCGCGAUUGGCGAUGGAUCAUCAAUGAGCGCGGAUAUGCCACCAUCGUCCCUGCGCCUGGGGAUAUCGUCGUGGGCAUGGUCUAUGCCCUCGUGCCCGAGGACGAGAUGCGACUGGAUCGAAACGAGGGCGUCCCUUUCGCUUACGUCACAGAGUCCUUGAAAGCCACGGUGACGUGGGCGGGCGCCGCUCUGUCACAAGCCUCGAACGACGGGAACCGGGAUGGAGAAGAAGUGGAAUUGCUGGUGUAUGUCGACCACGAGCGGGUGCUGGAGUCCACGCCGAACGAGGAGUACGUUUGGAGGAUGAACAUGGGUAUCGCGGACGCCCUCGCGCGGGGGAUGACGUUGGAAUACGUCGAGAAGUAUCUGCGUCCGUUCAUCAGGGCCGAGGCAAGGGAGAAGGUCGAAGCGAUCGCCGUCCCGCGGUAUCUGAUGCCCGGACCACCACCGUCGCUCGGCAGGAUCCUUACUCAUCGGUGGUUCUACGCUGCGAUUUACUGCUUUCCGGGUUCUGGUAUGGGGAUGAAGAAGUAA